AUGCCUCAAGAUCAAUGUGGCCAAUACUUAAUUUCUCCACCUUCGAUCGACUUCUCAACCGCCUUCGAUCGAUUCAUCAUGUCUCAACAACAUCGACGCUUCUUCCCCGUUCCACCAAAGAAACUCCAAUCCCAGAAGAAGACUCAAGAAACCUCAUCUCAAAGAAACGAAGCAACCACCUCUCAGAGUCAAGGCACGAACCGACGUACACGCCAAGCCAAAACCCCGGGUCCAUCAAUGGCUCCUGCUAAACCUGCAACCAAACGUCGAGCAAGUGAGAGAAAUAAAGCCGCAUCGGAGCAACCUCCGGCCAAGGUAUUGAAAACCAAGACUACUAACACCAAACCGCUUAUUUCAAAGAAGUCGAGCCAGGGCCAGGGAUCAAAGGUCACCAAGAGGCCACCUUCUCGUAGUCAAGUCUUCUCCAAACCCGAAGAGGAAAACCAAGACAAACACAGACGUGAUGGCACUCCCACUUCUUCUCCUCCUCCAAGAGCUCCAAGAGCUCCGAUCAACGCCGACGAAUUGGCACCGUUUGCGUUUACUUCAGCAAGUCAAAUUGCCCAAGCCCACAAGUACGGCGAAGAUGAAUAUGUACAAAGGCGCAACACCAGGAAUACCGCACCAUCACACCAAGAUUUUGUCCCUUUACAGGGUUCCAGAUUACAAACUUACAAUAGAAAUGCCUGUCGUUUUGAUCUAGACAACCACUACAUGGGAAUGGGACGUGAAUUAUGCAAUGUAACCGCGCCUGACGAUCAGUUCAUAACCUCGAUUACUGUGGCCCUAGCGAAUCGUCAACACAUGACAUCAAUACAUAAUGACAUCACUCAGCAGAUUGCUGACCUACGUGAAAGUGUAUCAAACGGCAAAGGGGGUUCCAGUAACGCAGCUCCCGCGACUCCUUGGCUGUCGAAAGAGGACUCUUUGGAACUUCGGAAAUCUCUUCGCCAAACUGCAUGGAAGACGAUUUUACGGGGCAAUUUGCAGGCUUACACUGCAACUAAGAAUCGGCAUGGCAACAAGGCAACACUGCCGCUUUCUCUAUAUGCUGCAGUGAUGGAUGCGGUCAUGUCAAAUUCCACUUCCUGGAAGAAAAGGUUACUUCCACGUGGUUAUGGCAAGAAUCCCAAAACCGCACAUGUCAAGGCCCUCAAGACAUUAUUAAAUGUGGUUUUGAAAGAAGUGCGAAAGGAAUUUGAGAAAAAUCUUCUCGAAAAUAUUCAACUGCCCGGCCGACGCGCCACCGUAGGCAAUGGGAGUGUACCAUCGCUCAAUACAAUUAUCGCCAAUCUUCACGAUAAAGCAACCGGUCAAAUAGGUGGUCGAGUGCCAGUUUGCAAUGACGAGCAGAGGAUGCAAGCCUGUCAUUGGGGCUUUUACAAGAAAGAAUACAAGGACGGUGCGACCCUUUGGAGCGUUGUGGACGAAAAAUUAGAACUUUUGCGAGCUCAAAGCAGUAGGUAUGGACACGCGUUCGCCAUUCAGUGUUUAACGGAAGACAAUGAGAUAUUCAAGGGCAAGAAGACGUUGGCGGAAAUCAGACCCCUCACCUCAUUCCCACUUCCAAAUGAGACUGACAUCUGUGAAAUUAUGGAUCAUCUUGAUGAAACUUGGGGUGAUAAUGUGCCCGAGCAACAAGCACUUCAUGAAAUGACCUUCCGUGCGGAAGAUAAAGUAGACGAUGAAGUAGAUGAUGAUAAUAAUGAUGACGAUGAACAAUUAGAUGAUGACGAUGAACAAUUAGAUGAUGACGACGAACAAUUAGAUGACAAAGAUGAACAAUCAGAUGAAGAAAUCGAUGAGGAUGCGGGGUUUGAUGACGAAGAAUAA